GUAAACUCGAUGCUGUUUGCUAAAACCCACAAAUUCCAAAUCUUCUCUAAUCACCUGCUAAAUUAGAUUUUUUUCAGAUACUGUAACGUUAAAUUGAUGUUUAUACCUUUUACAGUCACUGGUUAUACACACUUGGUCCGUUAGGGGCGUUAAUGCUCUGAAGUUGUUUACCAACUUGAAACAAACAGAAGAAGAAGAAAUAGGCUGCGCAGAAAGCUGCGCAGUUGCCGUUUCUUUAAUCAUGAACGGUCGAGGCGAAUGUUUUGAUGGAGUCUAGGGACUAAAAAAAACUCAGUUUUGUUCUGUUUAAUCACACCAUCCGAUGUCGUAUUAUGGGCAAUAACAGAUCUGAGACGAAUUUAGUUUGACGAAGCAAGAAAGUGCCACCUAGCUAAUAUCGUUCUGCGGCGGCCUAGCUAACGUUAGCUAGCGCUGUGAAGUUGGGACAAUCCUUUAAUGCAAUGAGCUUACCGUGAGGCACUCUUUUAACCUGCUGUGUUGUUCUUGUUACUAGCUACAUCCCCACUCGUAAUUAUUUCAUUAUCGUUGUGGCUAAUAUUAUCAAAGAUUAUCGUACCUUUAAUUGAAGUAAGAUUGUCGGAAAGUGUGAGUACGGCUUCUUGAGACCAAAUCCAGGGAAAGUGGUUAUCCAUGUCCACGAGUUCUUGCAGAUUAAUCAUUUUUAAUAUCAUCAGCAAACAUGUCUUUAGUCGCCUAUGGCAGCAGUGAUGAUAGUGACUCAGAAGAAACCUCAACUUCUGCCGCGCCGCAGAGCAAAGUCAGCACAGGAGGGCUCUUCUCACUCCUGCCUGCACCUAAAAAGCCAGUAUCGGCAGGAGGAAAUGGUGGGCCAAGAAAGGAGACAAAAGCGAACUGUUCCGCAGGGGACAACACGUCAAACGAUGACCUAGAUCCUCGGCCAUCUAAAGGAGUCUUAUUUUCUAGUCUGCCUAAGCCGAUGAAGCGAACAGAGCCUGUCAAGAUCACUGUACCACAGAUCCAGAGACGGGAUUCAGACUCCGAUGAUGAUGAACCAGCUAAGAAGAAACUACAUCCUCAGGGUUCAGGCCUUUCCUCCCUUCUACCACAACCCAAAAAUCUGAACAGGAAGGAGAUUGAUAGACCCCUGAUUCCUUACACACUCACCAAGCGCCAAGAACCCAAAGGGCCCAAGCCUGGAACGCCAGCUCCGGGUCUGCUCGGUUCUAGUGCGUCUCCCUCUGCAAUCAAAGCUGCAGCAAAAUCAGCCGCCCUGCAGUUGGCUCGACAAAUAGCCACUGACGACCAGGAUAAUGAGGAGGAAAUCACCCCACAGAACUACUUUUCUCUGGGUGAGAGCUCCCAGCCUCUCCCUGCAGUCAUCCCAAUCUUAGACCCUGAGCCAUCGGCCCCCGCAGAACCUCUUGCACCUGCACCUGCAGAUGCAGAUGAGCCGGGUCAGUCAGAUGCCCCUCUCGACUUUGGAGGGAGCCAUGAGGGAGCUGGUGCAUGGGGAGGUCAGUAUCCUCAGUUUGAACAGCCCAUGGCAGGCCCAGAAGCUCUCCCUCAGGGAUAUUAUAAUGAGACAUACUACCAAGAUCCUGACGCCGGAUCGGCAGAGACUGAAGAGCCUGGCAACUCUGCCAUGUUUGAUGAUGAAGCGUUCAUGCGGCUGCAAGGGAAACGGAACAGGGGCAAAGAGGAGGUGAAGUUUCUGGAAAUCAAAGGGGACGACCAGCUAAGUGGCAACCAGCAGUGGAUGACCAAGAGCAUGACCGAAGAGAAGCAGGCCCGUCAGUCCUUCAGCAAGAAAAAAGGAGAACAGCCUACAGGACAACAGCGACGCAAGCAUCAGAUAACCUAUCUCAUUCACCAGGCAAAGGAACGUGAGCUGGAGCUGAAGAACAGUUGGGCAGACAACAAGCUAACCCGUCGGCAGACACAGGCCAAAUAUGGUUUCUAAAUGUCAUAAUGUGGACUAUUGGUGGCAUGUGGAAACCCUGCAUCAGAAAGUAGAGUAGAGCUUUCCAGAUUUCCCUACACAAUGAGGGAAACUUGUUCGGAAAGAAACUAUACACACCGUAAUACAGAUUUUCUCUCCUGCCCUCCCUCCUGUAUUUGUGUUAUAUAAUUAUAAUUCAGUAGUUUUUUUGGUCAACUGUUUCAUAAAGGUGUAACUUCUGUACAGAAAAUCCAGCCACAGUCGAUUCCUUUUACAGUAAAUAUAGGCUCUAUACUUGCAAAUAAACCUGUGGGAGAGAUGAUGUAAUGUGACCCUUGAGUGUCCAUUAUAAAUGCUUUCCUUUGAACGUGUAUGCAUAUUCAUACAGAAAACAUUGAUGUAUGAAUCCUUUUUUUGUUUUUAAUACAGAUGACUCUACAACAGUUUUGGUUCUCUGGCAAUUACACAAAUGUUAGUAAAAUGUUGACGCAGAGAAAUGAACUGGAGACAGUUAAAACCUGUGAGGCAUUACAUAUUUAUACGUUGAAUCAACAACUUUGUAAUAUAAAAUAAAGGUGAUAUUGGAAUACAUAUGCUGCAGUUGCUCGUAAUGACUCAUUAAAUUAAGGAUGUAAAAGUUGUCCAUGUUGCUUGUAUUUCAUCCCUAUUUGUUUUGUUUUAUUUACUUCAUGGUCUUGCAUUGAAAACUUCAAAGUUGUGAAGGAGCAUACAUGCAACUACAUCUGUUCUAAGGAGGUUUUGCAUAAAUUAAUUGCCAGAGAACCACACAUACAUUUCACUUUCAGCUGGUUCUUUAGCUACCAUCGGGCCAGAGAACCAUCUGAUUUUAACUUUUCUUUUUUUUUUUUUAACCUGGCUGCAUCCAGCAUGCAUCUUACAGAUUCAGUAGUUUCUCCUAAAUACCAGUCACUUUUUAGUACUGUGCUAUUGGAAGUGAGGCAGCACAUUUAGCCUCUUGAAGAUGCCCUAUAGUCCAAUCAGAAGUCCACCCUCCAAUAUGUUUUUAGUUUUUCAAGCAGAAAAUAAAUACAAAUGUAAACUCGUGAGCCAGGUUGCUAAAUGCACUAUAUGUCAUGACAUAUAGUCAUAUAUGUCAUGAUUUUGUAGAGAGCUUCAUAUGUUAACUGUCUUGGUGUGGCGGUGGCUCUGUAGUCUUCCACCAUUCCUGUAUCAACACAUGCACAAGCUGAUCUGCCUUAAAACUGACUCGAACGUUAAUCACAGCACUUCCUGGUUAAUUACAUAUCCGUUUAAUUAUCUUAACGUCGACCUUAGCUUAUUUCAUGGUACGAUUAAAGCAUACAACAGUAUUAGGCACUGACAUUUCAAAUUCAGUGACUAACAUGUUUGAUGGCAUUGCUGGGAAAAACUUUUUUGUUUAUACUAUAUUUUGUUAUGUGUGUUGUGCGGUUAAAAUUAAUGAAUAAAUAUUUGUCUCUCCUGGCUCCAUA